UUGACGCGCAACGCUCGCGCAAUCGUCGAAGGCAGCCGCGACGCCGGGGAACGGCAGUUAGUUCAGUCCACGGUGACGGCGCUGUCGGAUCAGUUCGCGGCCAUCUGCAGCGAACUCGAAGCUCGCCAGGCGGCCGUGGAAGAUGCCUGCGACGCCGUGGCACGGUUCCUCGCGUUGUUGGAGAAAGUUCUGCUUUGGGUUGAAACGCAACGUGCAUUCCUUGCGCGGCCACUCCCAUUGGCCGACUUGCAGGAGGCGCAACAAAAACAGACUGAAUAUGGGAACGCGCUCAAGAGCUGUAAGCAGCAAGCGAAGAAUCUCGCAGAUAUGGCUAAGGAAAUAGAGGCUAUUGAACGUGUUACUAGUCCAGGGGACUUGCCUUCGAGGCUCGAAGCGGCAGAAAAUGCAACUGUUGAUGUCGAAAAGAAAUUGGCGAAGACAAAUGGCUUAUUACAAGAGUUAGCAGAAGAAUGGGAAAGAUGCGAAAAGAAAUUGAAAGACGUCGGCCACUGGCUCGAAGCCACAACACGGACAAUAGAGGCACCACAAAACGCAAAGAAACCACUCAGAGAUAGGCUCGCUCUGAGGGAAAAAUUGAUUAAUGAUAUAUCAACACAGAAAACUAAGAUCUCCUAUGCGGUUGAAAAACUCGAUGUACACUUCGGUCCCGACGGCGUGGCGUCCCAAUCCCGCUCGCCAGAAGGCGUACAGCGAGCGGCGCGCGAACUCUGUAGUUCGCUGGACUCGCUCGGCGGACAGACCGCCGCGCAAGCUCGCCAAUUGACUGCCGCGCUGCAGCAGCUCGAUGCUUAUUGCGUCGAGCUUGCGCAACUUCGCUCGCAACUCCUCGACGCGGAGCAACAGUUGCGUCACGUCGCGCAACCGAACUACAGCCCCCGUGACCCAGAGCGGGCACAGAGGCAGCAACAGGAGGCCGUGCGGCGUAUCGAAGAGCUCACUCGGUGUAUCUACGAGGUGGACCCGUACUUCGCGGGCAGCGAGGACGCGGCCGCUCUGAGCCUGCUGCUGCGCUCCGGCGGGCGUGCGCGCGAGCUGCGUCGCCCGCGCUCUCCGCGCCGCCACAGCCCGCCGCCUGGCCCGGCCCCCCUCCCCCACACCACCUACGCAGAGAUCGUCAGAGGACUCAGCUCCCGCUCCAGCUCAGUGGGCUCGCGGCAACCCAGUGCGCACAGAGUGCCCGCGCUCGACCGCCCGGAACCGGCCCCCGCUGAAGAGGAACGCUUGAGCGAAACUUAUGUGCACAUGCCGAAUCUUGAUAGUGAAAUGGUGAAUCAGCCCAGUGAUUUAUAUAGUGAACCGAUUUACGAAAACGUUAGUGAGAGUGAAACGUGCAAGCCUGACGUAGACAUUCACCUUGAAUCAAACUUCGAAUUAAUAGAAUAUUGUGAUACGGAACAACCUGUCGAUGAUCAGCAAAAACUAAAAUUACAGUCUUUGGAAUGCCGGACUUCAGCACAGAGCGAUCCCAUUCAUGACGUCUUACGUCCGCCUGAAUACCAUGACAGAUCUCUGAGUCCCGCAACGAGAUUGCGGUCUCAAGAUUUAUCAUAUGCAGAAAUUCUAGCAUUAGGUCUGGGAAAACAGGCGAAAGCUCAAAACAUCAUCACGUUGCCGAAACCACAGGUAGCAGAAGUCGAAAUGGUGAAAGAAAUAAUAGUAGAAGUCGAGAAGGCUCCGCCUAUUAUUCAUUGUGAACCACGAGUUCAACCUACGGACUCUUCGCGAAUCAAGCUGGAAAGGCCCGAAAGACCUUUCCAACGCAGUCGGUCGAGAGACAUGCCACGGCAAAGGCGUGCUCCUGAAAAGCGUUCCACUAAAUCACAUGAUAUGCAAACCAUUAAAAAGAAGAAAACUUCAAAAAGGGUUAUUGAAGUGGAGAACUUUGAUGACUCUCCGGAUACAACAGAGCCGACAACUAAAUCAAGUGAUACUUGCAUAUACAGAGCUAUCGAAAAGUUUGAAGAACCUAAACCAGAAAAAAGUUGUAAAGAGAUAACUAAAAAGGUUCAUCAUAGCGCUACAGUUGUCGAGACUGUUGUUGAAACUGUUUCUGAAGAAGUACCGCAGGAGUCAUUAAAAACAGAAUUAGAACAAAAGAAACCAAAAAAGAAAAAUAAACAUAAAAAGGUAAAAGGAAUGGAUGACGAAAUCGAGAAGGCGUUAAAAGAGAUUGAAGAAUCGGACAGACAUAAAAAAAGAAAAACGAAAGAUUCCCGUGAUAAAAGUAAAGAAAUAAUUACAGGCGCGGAAUCUGACGAAACUGAACAACGCGCAGAAGUUACGAAAAAAAGCUUAGAAGCAAUGGCAGAUAAUAAUGAAGUUACUAACAAACAGAAGAAAAAGAAAAUUCAUAAAGACUCAAAAACUUCUAAACUUAAAGAAGAAAAGUCUGAGACUAAUAUCCAUCUUAUACAAUCAACUGACGAAAAGGCUACUGGUGAAAGCUCAAACUUAGGAGAGGAAACUGGGCCGAUUGUUAAAUCUGAUGAUUCUGACAAUUAUAAUUUGGUGGAACCGGGUGGCAAAUACUCCUCGGUAAUCAAAAAUAAAAAAGGGAACUUUAAUGAAAAUGUAAGUGAUAUUAAGAGCGCAAACGAAGCGACCGGAAAUGUAGGUAAAGAAGCAAAUAAGGUUAAUCAAAACGAAAUGAAUACUCAAAGUGUCACUACGUCAUUUACUAAAACAAAGGAAGAACAUGACGAUUUGAAGAAUGAAGAAUCGGAUGCGGAAAAGGCGUCUAAACAUAAGAAGAAGAAAAAAGGCAAAAAACAGGGACAGUCACCAGAACAUAAUGAACAAAAGUUAAUGACAACUGAAGUCGCAAAAACAACUUUUGAAGAAAGCAUGAAAAUAAUUGAACCAAUAAAUGAAAAAAUUUCGAACGUAGUAAAGAAAACUGAAGAAAUUAAACUGAAUAAACAGGUAGCGUUGGAAUCUUCUGAUUCUAUUAAAGAGAAAGUACAAUUAGGUAAUACUCCUGAUAGAAGUAAACCAAAUGACGAUGUGGAGUCUAUCCAUCCUAAAAAGAAAUUAAAGUCAAAAAAACAAAAAUUUACUGAAAGCAAAAAUCCAUCACAAGAACAGUCUUUCUCUGAAGCUUUAGGAACAACUCAUAUAAUUUUGGAAGACAAAAGUGUAGAAAAUAUUGAAGAAGAGGAAUUUAUGGAAGUAAAAGCAAACAGAAAAAAAUUAAAGAGUAAGAAAUUGAAAGAAUUGGAAAAAGUUGCAAGUUCUGAGAAAUUAAAAGAAAAAUGUGUGGAACUUAUUGAUAAACAAAGACAAGUCUCUGAAGAUACAACUACUAUUGAACAAUCCAAGAAACCUAUCACAGAAGAAGAUACUAAUUUAAUUCACAGGGAAAUUUCACAAGAAGAUCAAGAAGUACAAAGUGACCUUGUCAACAUGGAUUGGAAUACCUUAAUGGCUGAAGAGGAAAAUGUACUUGAAUCCGAAGUCGCACAAAUAAAAAAAACAACUGAUGAAACUGACGCCUCCCAAACAACCACACAAGUAGCCACAGAAGUUACCAUACUUCCAGAAAUAUCUAAUAUAAUGAACAUGAAACCAAAAAGUGAGCAGCUAUUGGAAAAUGUACAAAUGAAGGAAAUGGUUGAAAAUGAAAUGAGCUCCACCAGUUCCCCCAACGAACAAAAUAAUAACGAUAAAAUAUUUUCAUCUGAUUUAUUGAAAAAUAGCCCAUUAAAUAUUGUAGAGGAAAUAACGCGGUAUGAACCAAUUGUACAGGAUAUAAAAACACGUACUAUAUAUUUAAUAACGCACGAAGAAAAGAAAUUACCACCUAUUAGAACAGUUAAGGUUUUCAGUACAAAAAGCAAUUUAGAAACUGAAACGCAAGGAGAAAGUACUUCUGAUACUAUUGAUACUUUUGUACAUAAAGAUAAUAAAAUAGUUGAUAAACAUAUUUCUCGUAGUACAUCAGAAAAUGUUGAAGACGUCGUAGAAGGACAAAUUUCAACUGAUUGCAUUGAAGAAUUUCCACAGUAUGCACAGGAUCCAAAUUUAAACACAGAAGCAGAAAAAUAUUGCUUAGAACAAUUUAAUAAAGUCAAUCCUCCCCACGGGUUUAUUGAAAACCCUAAAAGCAUAGAUGAUGAUAUGAUAAUUGGACAAGAAAAGUUAGAAAACGUUAAAAACCUUUCCAAUAGUCAUCGUUCAACUCUUACAACAAAUGAAGAAGGUGAUAACUUUUUGCAUUUAGAUGCAAAACACGAUUACAGUGUAGUUCCGGUUUCUAAUCAAAUGGAAGAAUUUUCAGAGAACCUUCUUGAACAUGCUAUAUUUGGAUCAGUGCAAGACCGCAAAAAACCAACAUUUAUUAAGACGAGUUCUAUACCAUAUCAAGAACUAGUUGAAGAAAUAAAAACGUAUUCGUUGAAUCUUGACAUUGAUCAACUAGAUUUUGAUUAUCACAGAUUGAUGAUCGAUGAGGAAGGUGAAGUCCCCCUUAAUGUAGAUAUUAGAAACGAUGUAGUAAAGCAACGUUUAGAUGACGAAAUUACGAAAAAUGAUAUAGUUGAGAAAGAUUCGACGGAAAGUCAUUAUGAAAAAUCUGCUAAAGAAACAGCCGCAAUGUCUCUGAAUAUGUCGAAUGCACCUCAUUUUAACUAUCACGAAAUGAAAGAUGCUGAAAAAUCUUUUGCUUCCCUCAUGACAACAGUGACUGACCUUAAAUGUCAAGAAGAAGAAAAUAAAAAUAUUGACCAAAAUUCAAGCAACUUGUUGAAAACUUUUGCCGCAGAUGCCGUUGCCUGCAAAAAUGAUAGUCAGGAUAACGCAGAUUCUAUAAUUAAAGAAAAUAAACCGUCGGACAUCACACCUAUUCCUUUAUCAGAAAUUAACAUCGAUGCGAGCCAUGCACUCACUAUCAUGCAAACGACAGAUAACAGUUUAAUUAAGAAAACACAAGCGGAAGAUAACAAGGCAGUAAAUUUAAUUGAAUCUACUAAAAGUAAAGAAAUUGGAGUGGUAUUGAAUAAUUCUAAAUUCGAAGAAAGAAAAAUGGCUGAUAAUAUUAUUCUUAACAUACUUCAUGAUGAUAUUACAUACUUUAAUUAUUCUGCGAUAGCCGAUUCGGAGAAAUUAUUGGCAUCUUAUAUUGAUUGCCACGUGAAAACAGUUUCUGAGGAUGAAAAAUACAAAACCGUGUUUCCAAUACCAAGUGUUAACCAAAAUGACCGCAAUCUAGUAUCUAUUCCAAAUGAAUUUGAUAUACAAGAAGAAAAGCUUAAAUUGUCUGGAAAUGCAAAUUGCGAUAAUGAAGUAGUAACUACAUCGCCAAAUAUUCAAAACGAGUCAGAAUUAAAAGCUGUUGUGUUAUCUAAACAAAAUGAUAUUUAUAAACCCAAACAAACGAUUACAUUACUUUUAGAAAACUUGCGUCAAGAACUGCCCCGUUUCAGUCAUUAUGACAUUUUAGAUGCAGAAAAGAUCUAUCCUUCUCUUAUAAAUGUGUGUGAUUUAAAUCGAAAUGUCACAGCACCUGGUAAUAUCAACGCCGCUGUAGAUACUGAUACACUGAUCAAAAACAACAACAUAGUUUUGCAUCAACAAAGUGUAGAUCUCAGCAAAGAAAAUAUAGAAAAUGUUAAUUAUAUCAAUGUGCUACAUUAUGAAAUUCCUAAAUAUGAUUAUUAUGAAAGAAAUAAAUCUGAAGCACUUCUGGCCUCUGUUGAACAAUACGCGAAGGAGUUAAAUAAAGUACUGUUGGAAGAGCCGAAAACAAUAACAGAUUCAGAUAGUCAUACAAAAGUUAAAGAAAUGGCAUCUAAAGAUGAUAGCAUCCAACAAAGUGGCGAAAAUACCGCAUUCAACAAUGUACCAGUCCAAAAUUACCAUGAAAUUUGUGAUGCAGAAAAUUUAUAUGCUUCUACUUUAAUCAUGUCUGAGAAUCAAUAUCUGACAUCUCGUAUUGAUGAAAAUAUUCCUUCAAGUGGUAAAGAUGAAAUAAGUUUAACUACCGGAGACAAUGACAAAAAAUUACUUGAUAUUACUGUUAAAACAAAUACGUCUGAUAUAAAGUCUAAUCCUGAUUUAGAAAUAAAUGCCGAAAAUUUUGUGCCAGAGAAUACAGAUGAAAUCGAAAACGAGUGCAAAGAGAUUUCGCAAACCGAUAAGGAGUUUUCAAAAGAGUCGAUACAUGAAAUAACUUUGGUUCGACCACUUAAAACAUAUAUUGACUUUUACGAAACACCUAAUUUUAAUUAUAUGCAGAUACGAGAAGCUGAAGGCAUUCUUGCUCGAAUGGCUACUGUUUUAUUUAUUACAUCUUUGGAAGAUAAUAAGCAACAUAUAAAUUUUACAGAAAAUAAAUCCGUCGUAAACGUAGACGAAAUAAAACGAAAUCCAGAAGAAAGUAUUGAAUUUGAUGUCAUUAAUAAAAUAAUGAAUAAACCUGAAGCUCCGGUAAUGCAAGAAUUUAGUGAUUCACUUGUGCCUGUGGUAUUCGGUAAUGUGUCAGAAAUAUCUAAAUUGAUAUUGGAUAAAGAAACAAAUUUAACAAAGUCGCAAAAGAAAGAUCUCGACGAUACCAAUAAAGAUUCUACAACUAUGACAUUAAUAAAAGAUACUGUAGAAGAUUUCGUCAUUGUAGAAAACUUGCAAAAUAUUAGUACGAUUGCCUAUGAAACUGAUAGUACUCAGAAAUUUGAUGUAGAUCAAAACACUUCGGAAGAACUUGAUUUCGAGCAGUCAUUUGAAGUCAUUGACAUUAUGAAAGAUAUUUCUUGUGAAAUGAAAUGUCUGGAUAGGCAAUCCAUAUUACCUGAAAAAAGUGAAAUUUUGUCUAUAACAGAAGUAAAUGACGCUUCCUCUUUAAAUAAAACUGUACAAGAAGAUUCAAGCAAAGAGAAUGUGCAAGAAAGGGCUGAAUCACCAAAACCUGAAAACAAAUCGCAAACUAUCGCCUCUAAAAUGAGCGAAACCGACAUUACUUCUUCCGUCUGUAUGACUCAGGAUAGCACCGAUUUGAAAGAUACGCAUGAACAGUCUAGUAACGUUACAAGUACGGACCCAUACGUAGAUAUUUCAACAGAUAUAUCGAGUGAUGUAGUAUCUGAUCAAUCUGUUCUGACCGAAACUGCUACCAAUAAUAAUACCCGACCCGAGAAAUCUCCAAUUCAUAGCUUACACGAUCUCCUUCCGGAAAUUGAUUCUAUACCUGAAUUUAAACCAUCCUUUUCAAAUACAAUUCUUUUUUCAAAAUUAUCAGCCGAUGCACCUGAAUUUACACCUUCAUAUAUGUAUCAAACUGGUGACAAUCAGCUCACAUCAAUACCAAUACCAUCGCUAAGCAACACACAACAACUUUUACAAACAGAUGAGCGCCAAGCAGGUUUUACUACAGUACCUGUUACUUACUCUUCAGUACUUUUAUCCCAAAAAGACAAAGUGGAAUCAGCUGACAAUUAG